CGGGUCCUCCAAUCACUCCGCACGGCUUCACAGGAAUCCCAUUCGAUCCCGUUGGUGACUUGGGUAAGUCGUUCCUUCAGAAAAGCAUGCUUUGCUGGGUGAAAAUGAAUGAUUUCUGUAGGAUCUGUCUUGGGUGGCAAUGAAGUUUCUGCUGCAGUAUUUUCCGGGCAUCUUUCGGGUUUAUAUUCAAUGAAAUGUUAUUUUUCACCAUUUGGACAGCUGCGUGCUCUUUGUUGUGUGUUGUGUGGAAAGGCAGUUUUCCUCCAAACAAAAGGGAGGGAUGGAGCCAGGUCUGGCGCCUCACUUUGGUCUGCAUUCAUCUCCCACCCAGGGUGAACAGAUUGAAGAAGCGUUCGGUUUUCCGUAAAAAUAGCAAGACGGAGGUUUUGCAUGCAGAGGUGCGUGCACAUGUUCAUGCAUGUGUGCACACUGCAAGCAGGCAGGGAGCAGCUUCCCCAGCUGCAAGCCGAGAUCCUGGCACCAAUGCAGCCGAUAACAGGCUUGGGGAUCCUGCAAGGAGCACAGAGGUGGCAUUUUUAGGUUUCCAGACACAAAGCUCAAGUAUGAGCACUGCUUUCUGCCCAGGAGAUUGCCAUUAAAUUCAAUAAAUAUUUCUGACCUGGGUGAUCUGACUGUUCUCUUUGGCCAAAAUCUGUUGGACAGUAAGCUGGUGCUGUAACAUGAGAUUCAUCGCUUGAUUUGCAUUGCUGCCGGUCACAGGGCUCGUUUAACCUUCUAUGAAUGCUCUAUCCACCUCUGCCCAAGCUGGGUCCUCUCUCAGGAUGUUCCAGCAUUGCCUUAGACAUCCUCUGACCUCUCCAGAGGAGCUGGUGUAUCUCAAUGCCAAGCAGAAAGAGCUGCGUUGGUUCUGGAAACUGAAGGAGCUGGUAGAGCCCACAGGGACAGGUUCUUGGGGUAUCUCUUGAGUCACCAUCCCCAAUCCCCUCCCUGCAACACAAAAAUGCUGGCAUCCUGCCAUCCCAUACCAAACGUCAUUCCAAUACAUCAGCAGACAAGUUGGAGGACACUCCCCAUCCCACCAAAACCCCUAAGCAUUUGGAUAUCUUCCCAGUGCUCUGGUAAAGCACAGCUUGCCAUAGAGAGUAGCGGAGGCACCCAGACUCUCAUUAAUGUGCACAGCUUGACCCCACCAAUCCUCCCCCUCUUCCAUGUUCAGCCAAAAACUCUCCCAUCCUUAGGUCUGCUACUUUUCUUGCAGGCUUGCUUGAAUCUGCAGAAAGAUGUCUCACUUCUUAGACAGUGUUUCCACCAUCAUUACUGUCUUUCACCAACAUGCAAAGGAAGAUGGAGACCAAUCCAAAUUCAACCGAAGAAAGAUGAAGGAGUUCAUUCAGAAGGAAUUUGCAGAUGCCAUAGUGAACCCACACGACCCUCAGACAAUUGACAAGAUUCUGCAGUUUCUGGAGUGGGAUGGGGAUGGAGAAAUCGAUUUUAAUGAGUUUCUGCUUUUAGUAUUCAGAGUGGCUAAAGCCUGCUACUGGUACCUGCAGAAGGGACAACGCCUUCUGCAAAGAACAAAGCUGAUAACCAGCAGCAAGACAGUCCAAGAGCCUGAAAUUAAGAACAGAGGGAGCCGUCAGCAGUUCCAGGAAGAGGAAUCACGAACACUUGAACGCAAUCGCCAUCCCCCCUGCAUACCUGAACCACGAGACACCAGGGUCCAGGAUCUUGAGACACACGAGGAGACGGGAAGUCAUUGCCAGCAACGUAACACACAAAGUAGAGCUGAUGCAAGACAAAGCACCAGGCCAAGGGAAAUGAUCCCUCAAGAAUAUGAAGAACAAAACCAAGAGCCAUGCGACCAACGAAGCAGCCGAAGACGUCAGCAACCCGAGCUGGACAGACUGGGAGAUUUACAAAACCACAAGCGCGGCAGCUUGAAGACAGCACACAGAGAUGAGAGACAAAAUCAAGAGAAGCCUCAUCGAGAGCAACUAGCAGACGUGAGGAGCUGCAGCCAUUCCUGUGAACCACAGCUGCUGCCAGACCGGCGGAGUGGCCGUCAGCCACGUGAAUCAACAUUGCCAGUGUAUGAUCAAAGAAACCAUCGACCACAAGAUCAAGAGGCAGUGGCACAUGGGAGAAGCAGCCGUCGGCCACAUGAGCCAGAAGAAGCAGAUAGAGGAAGGCGCAAUCAAAUCCAAAAGCCUGAAUUACUCAAAGAUGAGAGAAGCCGCAACCACCUACGUGAGCUGGAACAAAAAGAACUUGAAAGAAGCAGCCGCCAGCUGUGCAAGUCUGAAUACCUGGAUUCAGAAAGGCUGCAUCAGUCAUACCUCCAGGAACCGCUAGUAAUAGAACACAGAUACAAUAACACAAAGGAGCUAGAAGAAGACUACUAUGAACAAGGGAAAACACAGAAGGGCAGGAGACCACGUGAAUCCAUGACAUAUGAAAGGACAAGAGAAGACAUUGUGGCGGAAGCUGAAGCUGAUAUAGAGAUCCAACAUGUAAUACGAAACAGGGAGAGAAAAGAGGAAGCCAGGAGACCCCAUGGAUCAGUGAGGUCUGAAUGGACACAAGAGGACACUGUGGCUGAAGCCGAAGCUGAUGUGAUCAGACAUGUGACCCAAGAAAGGGGCAGAGAAGAGACAAGGAGACCCUGUGAGUCGGUGAGGGACGUGAAGACACGGGAGGACAUUGUGGCUGAAGAUGAAGCCGACGUGGAGAUCCGCCGUGUGUCCCAAGAACGGGAGAGAGAAGGGGAAGCCAGGAGACCCCGCGAAUCACAGAGGUAUGAAAGGACACGGGAGGACAUUGUAGCUGAAGCUGAAGCUGAAGCUGAUGUGGAGAUCCGACGUGUAACCCAAGAAAGGGACAGAGAACAGGCCAGGAGACCCCGUGAAAGGGCAAGGUACAUGAAGACUCAGGAGGACAUUGUGGCUGAAGCCGAAGCUGAUGUGGAGAUACACCGUGUAACCCAAGAAAGGGGCAGAGAAGAGGCCAGGAGACCCCAUGAAAUUCCGAGGUAUGUGAAGACUCAGGAGGACAUUGUGGCAGAAGCUGAAGCUGAUGUGGAGAUUAGACGUGUAACCCAAGAAAGGGACAGAGAACAGGCCACGAGACCACGUGAAACGACGAGGUAUGUAAAGACUCGGGAGGACAUUGUGGCUGAAGCUGAAGCUGAUGUGGAGAUCCGACGUGUAACCCAAGAAAGGGACAGACAAGAAGCCAGGAGACCCCGUGAAAGGGUGAGGUACGUGAAGACUCAGGAGGACAUUGAAGCUGAAGCUGAAGCUGAUGUGGAGAUCCACCGUGUGUCCCGGGAAUGGGAGAGAAAAGAGGAGGCAAGGACACCACGUGAAUCAGUGAGAUCUGACAGGACACAGGAGGAUGUAGUGGCAGAAGCUGAAGCUGAUGUUGAGAUCCGCUAUGUGACCCAAGAAAGGGACAGAGAAGAAGCCCGGAGACCACGUGGAAAGGCAAGGUACGUGAAGACACGGGAGGACAUUGUGGCUGAAGCUGAAGCUGAUGUAGAGAUCCGCCGUAUCUCCCGGGAACAGGAGAGAAAACAGGAGGCCAGGAGACCCCGUGAAACACAGAGGUACGUGAAGACACGGGAGGACAUUGUAGCAGAAGCUGAAGCCGAUGCUGAGAUCCGACAUGUAACCCAAGAAAGGGACAGAGAAGAAGCCCGGAGACCCCGUGAAACGGCGAGGUACGUGAAAACACAGGAGGACAUUGUGGCAGAAGCGGAAGCUGAUGUGGAGAUCCGCCGUGUUUCCCGGGAACGGGAGAGACAAGAGGAGGCCAGGAGACCCCGUGAAUCACAGAGGUACGUGAAGACUCAGGAGGACAUUGUAGCUGAAGCCGAAGCUGAUGUUGAGAUCCGCCGUGUAACCCAAGAAAGGGACAGAGAAGAAGCCAGGAGACCCCGUGAAUCAGCGCGAUUCCAGAGGACACAAGAGGACAUUGUGGCAGAAGCUGACGCUGAUGUGGAGAUCCGCCGUGUGUCCCAGGAACCCAAGAGAGAAGAAGAAGCCAGAAGACCCCGUGAAUUGGUAAGAUCUGAGCGGAUACAGGAGGACAUUGUGGCUGAUAUUGAAGCCGAUGUGGAGAUUAGACGUGUGACACAAAAAAGGGAGAGAGAAGAAGCCAGGAGACCCCGUGAAUCAGUGAGAUGUGAGCGCACACGGGAGGACAUUGUAGCUGAAGCCGAGGCUGAUGUGGAGAUCCGCCGUGUGUCCCAAGAACGGGACAGAGAAGGGGAAGCCAGGAGACCCCGUGAAUCAGCCCGAUUCCAGAGGACACAAGAGGACAUUGUGGCUGAAGCCGAAGCUGAUGUGGAGAUCCGACGUGUAACCCAAGGAAGGGAGAGACAAGAGGAGGCCGGGAGACCUCAUGAAUCACAGAGGUACGGGAAGGCAAGGGAGGACAUUGUGGCUGAAGCUGAAGCUGAUGUUGAGAUCCGCCGUGUAACCCAAGAAAGGGACAGAGAAGCCAGGAGACCCCGUGAAACGGCAAGGUACGUGAAGACACGGGAGGACAUUGUGGCUGAAGCUGAGGCCGAUGUUGAGAUCCGCCGUGUUUCCCGGGAACGGGAGAGACAACAGGAAGCAAGGAGACCCCGUGAAUCACAGAGGUACGUGAAGACACGGGAGGACAUUGUAGCAGAAGCUGAAGCCGAUGCUGAGAUCCGCCGUGUAACCCAAGAAAAGGAGAGAGAAGGGGAAGCCAGGAGACCCCGUGAAUCAGCCCGAUUCCAGAGGACACAAGAGGACAUUGUGGCAGAAGCUGAAGCUGAUGUGGAGAUCCGACGUGUAACCCAAGAAAGGGACAGACAAGAAGCCAGGAGACCCCGUGAAUCAGCCCGAUUCCAGAGGACACAAGAGGACAUUGUGGCUGAAGCCGAAGCUGAUGUGGAGAUCCGACGUGUGACACAAAAAAGGGAGAGACAAGAGGAGGCCAGGAGACCCCGUGAAUCACAGAGGUCUGAGCAGACACGGGAAGACAUUGUGGCAGAAGCUGACGCUGAUGUGGAGAUCCACCGUGUAAGCCAAGAAAGGGACAGAGAAGAAGCCAGGAGACCCCGUGAAUCGGCAAGGUACGUGAAGACUCAGGAGGACAUUGUGGCUGAAGCUGAGGCCGAUGUUGAGAUCCGCCGUGUUUCCCGGGAACGGGAGAGACAACAGGAGGCCAGGAGACCCCGUGAAUCACAGAGGUACGUGAAGACACGGGAGGACAUUGUAGCAGAAGCUGAAGCUGAUGUAGAGAUCCGCCGUGUAACCCAAGAAAGGGACAGAGAAGAUGUCAGGAGACCCCGUGAAACAGCAAGGUACGUGAAGACACAGGAGGACAUUGUGGCAGAAGCUGAAGCUGAUGUGGAGAUCCGACGUGUAACCCAAGAAAGGGACAGACAAGAAGCCAGGAGACCCCGUGAAAGGGCGAGGUACGUGAAGACUCGGGAGGACAUUGUAGCGGAAGCCGAAGCUGAUGUGGAGAUCCGACGUGUGACACAAAAAAGGGAGAGACAAGAGGAGGCCAGGAGACCCCGUGAAUCGGUGAGGUCUGAGCAGACACGGGAAGACAUUGUGGCUGAAGCUGAAGCUGAUGUGGAGAUCCGCCAUGUAAGCCAAGAAAGGGACAGAGAAGAAGCCCGGAGACCCCGUGAAACGGCAAGGUACGUGAAGACACGGGAGGACAUUGUGGCUGAAGCUGAGGCCGAUGUUGAGAUCCGCCGUGUUUCCCGGGAACGGGAGAGACAACAGGAGGCCAGGAGACCCCGUGAAUCACAGCGAUACGUGAGGACUCGAGAGGACAUUGUGGCUGAAGCUGAAGCUGAUGUGGAGAUCCGACGUGUGACACAAAAAAGGGAGAGACAAGAGGAGGCCAGGAGACCCCGUGAAUCGGUGAGGUCUGAGCAGACACGGGAAGACAUUGUGGCAGAAGCUGAAGCUGAUGUGGAGAUCCGCCGUGUGUCCCAGGAACGCAAGAGAGAAGAGGAAGCCAGAAGACCCCGUGAAUUGGUGAGAUCUGAGCGGAUACGGGAGGACAUUGUGGCUGAUAUUGAAGCCGAUGUGGAGAUUAGACGUGUGACACAAAAAAGGGAGAGAGAAGAAGCCAGGAGACCCCGUGAAACGGCAAGGUACGUGAAGACACGGGAGGACAUUGUGGCUGAAGCUGAAGCUGAUGUGGAGAUCCGACGUGUAAGCCAAGAAAGGGACAGACAAGAAGCCAGGAGACCCCGUGAAUCACAGAGGUAUGAACGGACACGGGAGUACACUGUAGCUGAAGCUGAAGCUGAUGUGCAGAUCCGACGUGUAACCCAAGAAAGGGACAGACAAGAAGCCCAGAGACCCCAUGAAACGGCGAGGUACAUGAAGACUCAGGAGGACAUUGUAGCUGAAGCCGAAGCUGAUGUGGAGAUCAGACGUGUGACACAAAAAAGGGAGAGAGAAGAAGCCAGGAGACCACGUGAAUCGGUGAGGUCUGAGCAGACACGGGAGGACAUUGUGGCAGAAGGUGAGGCUGAUGUGGAGAUCCACCAUGUGUCCCAAGAACAGGAGAGAGAAGGGGAAGCCAGGAGACCCUGUGAAUCAGCCAGAUUCCAGAGGACACAAGAGGACAUUGUGGUUGAAGCUGAAGCUGAUGUGGAGAUCCGCCACAUUUCCAGAGAACUGUUGCAUGAAGAAGAGGCCACGAGACCACGUAAAUUGGUGACAUAUGCAAGGACUCAGGAGGAAACUGUGGCUGCAGCUGAAGCAGAGAUCUGCCGUGAGAAGGAACAGCAGAGAGAUAGCCUCCGUAAGCAUGAGGAACCUGUGGAGGAGAGGAGGACUGUACAGGUACAAGUGAGGGAAGAUGCCAUUGUAAACGAAAGGAGUCUUGAUCGUCAGCGGGACCUGGAAGUGGAGCAAAAUAGGUUCCCAGUACACAAUGAUCAGGGAAGAAGGCAGGACAGAAGCCUCUACCAAACUGUGGACAUUGAUAGCAGAGACCUCGUCCCCCAUGGAGAAGUGCCGUCUGUCACUGAUGUGAGGGUCCGCUAUAUUCCCUCUGUCCCUGAUGUACGCCCAGAGGUACAGACUGUCCCUGAGCCCUGUGAGCCUCAGACCAUUGCAUAUUUGAUCCAUGUUAUCCAGAACCUGAAUGAUCCCAAAGCUACCACAUAUGAGAUCAUCUGUCAGCAGUCCAAUGGCUCAGAGCAGCCUGUCUAUGUAAGGAAAUGCUACGUUUCACCACAGCCACCAGAUGGGCCGUGCAAAGACAGCAGUGUUGUGGAGCCUGAACCACAGCAUCUUCCAUCUUCCAGUUCCCAGGAAAAUGCAAGGGAGCUCAAGGAGCCCAGGAAAAGUGAGACUCGGGAAAGGUCUACAACAGCAGUAAAGGAAGCGGCUCAGCAGGCUUCUGCCCCUGAGUUGGAUGGCUUGAAGGGUGACACCAAUCAGUCUGAGACUAGGGAAGACAGGAGGGACCACCAGAGUCCCCGGGUGAAUGAUGUGGAAGAGAAGAAUCGUCAGCCAGAGGAUGAUGGACCAAAAGCCACAGGAGAGGAAGUCUCACAGGAAGCCGAAUCCCGAGGAAACAAAGACAGGAAGGCCAAGAGCCAAUCACCUCCAUCCCGAGAUCCAGAGCUGCAGGAAGCUCGCAAGCAGGGCCAGCAAGCUGCAGAAGAGCCACGUCACCAAAGGGACGAAGCUGGCUGCUGCCACGAGGAUGCAGAGCUCCCCUCACCAGAGAGGAGCCGCCAGACACGAGAAGAUGAAAACAGCAAAAGGAGCUCCCAGCAAGAGGGUACCACUCAGCCUCAAAGUGAGGAGGAACACAGGCCCGUGGCUCCACAAGAACCAAGCCAGCCUACGAGGGAUGAGGCCAAGGCACCCUGA